CUGGAAACUUUUGGAAGGGACAGGGGAGCGCGGCAGCCUGCCCAGAACCGCGAUCAGAGACGGCCGCGCACCCUCCCCGGCGCCGCCGCUCCCUCCCCCGGCCCCGGGGCGCUCCGGGGUGGGAUUCUCCUCCCGAAAGGCUCCCGGACCGCCGAGCGCCGCUCCCGCCCCGGCCGGGAGAGGCGGCGGCUCCCGCGGCUCCGGCCAUGGGCAGCGGCAGCAGCCGGCGGCGGGGGCCCGCGGGCAGAGCGGGGCAGAGCCGGGACCCGCCGGCCGACGGCGAGGGGGCGGCCGCAACUCCCGGCCCCGGCUACCGAGCCCCGGCCGCCGGCGGCAGCGCCGAGCCCCGGAGCGGCGCGGAGGCGGCGGGAGGCGGCGGCGGGGCCCCGCUCCAGCAGGCGGCUUUGUUACCCAGAAGCCCAUCAAGCCCAGAGAACAACAACCUUGACCACCAGUGCCCAGAAGGCAGCAAGAAGCCGCUGGGGCAGCCCACGAUCCUGUACGAUUACUCGGAGGAGGAGCUGAUGGCCAGCAUCGAGCGGGAGUACUGCCGCUGAGCCCCCAGGGAACGGCAGGCACAGCCCGGGGCCAGCCUGAGCACAGCUCCUGUGGCACCACAGCUGCACGGCACAGGGGCCUCUGCAGGGGACUGGAGCAUCGGGGGCUGCUUGGGAAGCACUGAGGAGGAAGUUCCCUUGAUCAGCUCCCAGGGAGAACAGGAAGAUCCUCACCAGCUGCUGAUUUCUGAUUGGUGCCCCUGCAAGAGGGACCAAUUCAUCUUAAAAAUCAAUAUUUAGAAGCUCAUUUCUAAAUGCUGUUUUUAAAGGAACAUGUACUAGAAUUAACAUCCUGCUAGAGGUGUUGAAAUGUGGUGCUUUGAAGGAAGAUCCUGCUUUGAAUCUAGUAAAAAAUUGCAGCAAUAUCAUCUGAUCCAGAACUUAAGGAGAUGUUGAAGGAAAUUCAUGUUUCUGCCACUUAAAAUGUGCCAAAUUGCACUUGUGCAAGCCUCAGGUUCGGUCUGAGUUUGGUACUGUCUCUUUCAAUCUGGUCCCAAUGUGGUCCCCAGUAUGGGAGAUAAGAGGAAAAGGGGAUUGAACCCACCAUCUAGUGCAUAGCCAGUGUCAUCCCAGAGUUCAAAUCCCACCACACUGCCAAAUUAGGCUCCUGGGAGCCAUCAGGGAACACAGGAUUUAUAUGAUCCCUUUGGGGCAGAGUCCCAGCAUAGGUGUCCUACCUGGGCAUGGAUCCAUCCCAGUGAUGGGAGUGAAAGCAGGAGGCACAUCCCCAUUUCAGUCAUCCUCCUCAAGGGGUACUUGCAUGCUCUUGGUGAGCAGCUGCUUGGGAUCAGUUUUCAGAAUUGCUGCUUCUAGCCUUUCCCUAAUAUUUCUUGCCCUACAAGAAAAAUCACUGCAUUUUACCAUUAGCUGACUGCAAAGUAAACCAGAAUGUUCUCUCUCCUAAGGAAAUAGUAUUUUCAGUGCUCUCAGACAGGGAAGCCUGAUAUUUUGGGUUUCUGCUUUUAUUAUAUCUGCAUGUUAACAUAUUAUGAGUAUCUACUUAUUAUCAGAAGUAGAAAAUUACUUUAUUUCUAUCUUCUGCUGAAGCAUAAAAGACAUCAGACGAAAUUUUCACUACCUGUAAAUGCAAGAAAAAACUACAGACACCUCUUGAGAUGCUGUAUUUUAAGUACUUUAUGAUUCCUGGGACCUGUGAAACACAAAUAAAUGCAUCUGUACUCUGAA